CACGCGAGCAGACAGAGGAGAACACCACAGAACAACCCCCCCCCCCUCCCUCCCAGAAGGACGAGUACAGCGGAGGCCUGAAAGCACACAGUCCCAGAUUUCACCUCCAAAAGCAGCACAUGCCGCUGUGUCACCAUCCCGCCGUCAGCAGAACAGCUGGACCCUGGGAGAGCCACUAUGUAACGCGCUGGGGUACUGAAGCACACUUCCCCAGUGAGCUGUGAACGGGACCGCGCUGGGAGACGAGCACCAAAUUAUGGAUUUUACCAGCCGUCCGGGCAACUCCGCAUAACAGCCACCGCACUGAACAGGCCAACAUCACAGCAUGGCAACCGUCUCCUGGGAAACAGACUGGGGCGGUCUGACCCACUCCACUCCAGCGGCAGGGGGAGGCACCUUCAAUUCCUCCUUCUUCCAGGACUAUACUAACUCCAGCCAUGCUCUUGGGGGAGGUGCACAGUCUUGGACAGUCCCUGAAAACGGGUCAAUUUCAGCGGGCUCCUUGCCCGUGCCGAAUGCCCCGCAGAGGAACGAGGUGCUGGCGCAGGCAGAGUUUGCGAUUCUGGGCCUGAUUCUGGCGCUGACCACCCUGGGGAACGGGCUGGUCCUGUGGAUCCUACUCCGGCGGAGGAAGCACCACGCCCCCAUGCACCUGUUCAUGAUCAACCUGUGCGUGGCAGACCUGGUGGUGGCGUUCUUCCAGGUGCUGCCCCAGCUGGUCUGGGACAUAACGUUGUGGUUCCAGGGUCCAGAUGCGCUGUGCCGCUUGGUGAAGUACCUGCAGGUCGUGGGCAUGUUCGCCUCGUCCUACAUGAUCGUCGCCAUGACGGUGGACCGCCAUUACGCCAUCUGCUGCCCCCUGCAGGCGUACCGCGGCGGUGCCAUGUCGCGCUGGAACGUCCCCAUCAUGGUGGCCUGGGGGCUGUCCCUCCUGCUCAGUGUGCCGCAGGUAUUCAUCUUUUCCAAGAGAGAGGUGUACCCGGGGGUGUUUCAGUGCUGGGGCAGAUUCGCCGAGCACUGGGGGCUCAAGGCCUACGUCACAUGGAUGACCCUGGCUGUGUUCAUACUGCCAGCUCUCAUCAUUACCAUCUGUCAGGUACGAAUAUUCAGAGAAAUCCACAAUAAUAUCUACAUGAAGACGGAGAGGAGGGUGUCAGCGGAACUCAGGAAGAACUCUGUACUCUUCCGGUUCCACUGCAUGGGGAAAGAGGGAGAGAAAGAGAGGGAGAGCAGGAGGGGGGGAGCAGGAGGUGGACGAAGAGAGGCGAGAGGCAGCUACUCUUCGAAGGGCGGCAGCCCUGGUCCCCGCUCCCGUGGCAACGGUUCCUUCACCGCUCACCCCUCAAACUCAUCCAGUUACUGGCCCCGCGCCUCCUCAUAUUGCUCCCCCUCCUGCGACCCCUCAGAACUGAUAACCCUGAAUCCCACCAAUUCCGAAAAUGGGGCACCUGUCCCUAGCGAAGCCCCCCCCGGCUGUAGCGAAUUUCAAAUGGGGAAGGAGCCCCCUGCCACAGACUCUUCUCCACACCCCCAGGAACAGACUACCUCACUUCCCCCAACCGGCAAGCACACUGCCUUCACUCCCGAUGAUGUCAUUUCCGACGGGCCCCACCCCAGUCUGUGCUCUUACGAACCUCGGGAGGAGUACCCUCCCCCCCCCACCCCUCUCCCAGUGGCCAUGCCCCCCUCGAGCGUGUCGCGGGCUGUGUCCAAGACGGCGCGGAUGACACUGGUGAUAGUGCUCGUCUACACGGUGUGCUGGUCACCCUACUUCAUCGUCCAGCUGUGGGGCGCCUGGGACCCCAACGCACCCACAGAAGGUGCAGCCUUCACCAUCCUGAUGCUGCUGGCCAACCUCAACUCAUGCACCAACCCCUGGAUCUACACAGCCUUCUCCAACAGCGUGUCCCGGGACCUGAGGGCCCUGCUGCCCUGCUGCCCUGGCGGCCGAGACCUGAGGCGGGGGUCCAUCGCCAGCGACUCCACCAGCACGCACACCUCCACCACUGCCACCAAGAACAAUGUGUACUGAGCUCCACAGCGCUCCCCCCUGCAGCCUGCAGCCACGUGCCCAGACGCUCCCUCAGACCGGAGAACGAAAAGAGCUCUCGCCGGCGUCCCCUCAGUGAAAGCCGCAGGAUGGAAGAUUAAAGGCGAUAAUUGGGUUUGUUUGCCCCUAAGGAGGGCAUUCACAACAGUUCACUCACUUUCAGAGUCCUCGAUACCGUGGUCACAUCGGAAUAAAAGCACAACUACAGGAGCUGAUGGGAGCUGUGUUCUCACUCCUCCACUUCCUCAGGCUGGAAAAAUGACCCUCUCUGAACUGUCCACUCAGAACACCCCCCUCCUCCCAAUGAAAAGACAAUUUUUACUACCUACCUACUGUUGUCUGAGAGUGGAAUAACAAGAGGCACAACUGCAAUUAUUUACCACAAGUAAAAAUAAUUGCAGUUGAAUUGGCUGUGUUGGAGAGAGGGACAAAAUAUAGGAUAUUUAAUUCUUUUCAAGAUUUUACCUUUUUUUUUUUUAUUCAACACACAUUUUGGUGUUGAACGUGACCAGUUCAUAGACCUAAGGUAACCCUAGAUGGGCUGAAUUGCCUGUUCUCAUCAUUACUUAUUAUUGCAUUCUGUGAGUUCUUAUGACUGACGUAAAAAUGCGCACUGCAAAGAAUUUGUGAUUGUUUUUGACCUGCGAUCCAGAUGGAAAGCAAACGGACGACACACGCGGUAAGCCCCGGAAUCCGUUAAGCCGCAGGACAGACGGCUUGCCUCCCGGUACACGAGUAUGGAGAGAGAUUAGUCUCCCUAUUAUUCACAAAUGCGCGUAACAUGAUCCACAAAUAAGAGACUAUUCCCAAAUGUGUUUUAUAUAUCCACACACAAAUAUCUCUUAACUUGUGUAGAUAUUUGUAUAAAGAGCAAACAUACGUAACAAAAUUCCGCGUGUAUUUUUUUGUAAUAACCCAGUCUCAAAUGCAAACUGCAUUUGCGGAUCAAAUGACACGCGUUCCAUUCAGUGAGGUGAGUUGCAAGUUUCCGUUUUUAUUUAUUUAUUUUUAGACUUUCCUUCCGCAGUUCCUGUGCAAUCCACACACAAAUAGCAAUAGUUCAAUGCUAUCGAUCCACAAAUGUGGCAAGUUGUGUAUGGAAUGGCAAAAGGUUCACACUUCACCAGGUUUUCGCCAUGGUCCCUUUGCUCAGAUGGCUUGCGCGCUUAAAUAAGGCCUAAGUACUAGGUAUUUAGCUUGCUAUUUUAAUAUGCGUGUGUCUAACAAUGGCAGUUUGUUAGCUUCCCUCCCGUGUAUUUAAGUUGAGAGAUAUAUGCGUGAGUGUGUGGAUAUAUAAAACAGAUUCGCAAAUCGUCUCUUAUUUGUGGAUUAUGUUACGCGCAUUUGUGAAUAAUAUUGAGACUAAUCUCUCCAUACACGGAAGGCAAGCCGAGGCACGAAGCUCUAAAUGUGCGAACGACAACAAGCUGUGAAUGAAAUUGGGCCACCGUGCUGUGAGGAGCCAGCGGCCUGUGUGUGCUGAGGGAGUUUACGUUCGGAAGCUUCGCGCUGAGAAACGCAGUGUGCCGGGAGUCAGGCAGGAGAUGGCACAGAGAUGACAGAGACUGAGAAAUACAGUCGCUGCGGGGGGAAAGUAGAAUUUCACUGAUGUCUGAAAUGCGUUGCAGACGUGAGCAUGUGAGAGAGAGAGAGCUUGGACAGGAGGGGCAUAAACUGAACCAAAACCGUGAGCCCGUAAAACAGGAACUUCAGGGAUCCCAGGUUGGGGUUUCUACAUUGUAGAUAUACCUUGGACCGGUGAUAAAUAAUUUUACGAUGUGGAAGAAAUUUGCACUGUUACAGCGUGUUUAAACAACAUGUAUUCUGAAUGAACAGUCGCCUACAAACCAUGCAGCAAAUCUCCCAUCACCCUGAGAACGACAGCGGUAGGCACUGCCUAGAAAUGCCUCAGUUUCAAAUGAUCGGGACUGGCCGAGACAAAAGGGUAACUAUAAACCCGACAAUACAAACAUACUAUUAGCAUAGUGAUAGCAGCAAGCGCUGAAUGGAAAUGUCAUUACCCUCUUUCAUAGUGAUAAUGAAAUUGCUCCAUUAUCGGAGAUGAAAUAGCUCUGACCAUGUGCUAUUUCUUAAAAUUACCUUGGCGGUCAUUGCAGAGACUGAACGUUGUUCAUGACCUAACAAUUCGUAGUAGCCUAUGAAGGACAGGUGUGGUAGCCUGACAGACAGAUAUGCCGGCGGGACAGACAGUUGUGGAAGCCCAGCUGACAGGUGUGUUGGCAGGCCAGACAGGUGUCAGGAGAACCACCAUCUGGUGUGACUACUCGCAAAUGACAACAUGGUUUUUGUUACAAUUUACAAUUGUCAUAUUCUGUGUCCAUGGGAAUUUGUACAAAACAUACCUGUGAUCUUAAAUAUAAGAUUAAGGAUUUUGCUCUGGAAAAAGUAGGAAUUAUUCAAUAAAUUACAUUGUAUUUAUGCAUAAUAUUAAAGAAAGUAUAUAAUGUCCAGUGACCGAAAAAAACACAACUGUAAUAAACAUGCACUUUCACAGCACAUAAAAAACAAAGAUGAACUUAAUAUAAAACUAGUAAUUUCACUAUUUAAUUACGACAGUCAAAAAGCUAAAAAGUACAGUGUACAUGCAAAUACAUUCCAUGCAUAUAAUUUAAAAAUACACAAUAAAAUAUUGACUGUAUUAAAAGCCUUAUUCUGCACUGCUUAAUAUGAAAACAAGGCAAUGGUAACCUUUCAAAAGUUCAUUUGGCAGCGUGUCAAAUAACUUUAAUAAAUGUGAUCAUAGUAUUUGAGGUGUGAUUAUGAAGAGCACUGUUAUGCAGGGAUGUACGAUUCUAGAAAGUUCAAAUUAAGUUCCAAAAGUCAAAGUUAUUUCAUUGUCUCACCAAAGACAUAUACAUUUCUGAAAACAAACUUUACAGGGUAAACACUUUAAGAGUACCACAAAGCUGCAAAACCCAUGCAAACACACUGGGCGUAAAACACAAAUUUCUUGCCCAGAAACUCUUGGCCAGAAAUCUCUUGUCAUCCUCCACUCCAUCCCUUCCUUCAUUCUGUCUAUUACUCUGCCCUUUAUGUUGACCUACUGGUCUCCAUGUCUUCAUCUACAUAACCAAUCAAUAAUUUAGAGUCUAAUCAGAAAGUUUAAUUACGCUAUCCAAUAACGGCACAUUCAAUCUACAAACCCUUUUAGAUGUUUGGUGACACAAAACAGUAACAGGUUACAGGACAUUCAAGCUGCUCUUCCAUUUCAUUGCUUUUUGUGGUAACUUAGAAGAUAUACCUUUACUUCAGAAUGAACAAAACUAAUAUCCGGGGUGAAUAAUACUGCCUUGUGUUUCUUAUAGGAUAUUUAUAGGUGUUGACAUGGCUUAGGGUUCAUCGGAUCUGCCUUCAGGGAGGCAGAGAAGACAAAAAAAACAUGAACAUAAAAUUAUUUUAUAUGAACUAUCAGUUGCCAUGUACUUGUGUACAGUAUAUGGGUAUUAAAUUAUA